AGGGGAAAAAAGCUAAACCUUGCACACAUCAACAUGUCUUACUUUAGGACAGUGGCUGCAGUCGCCUUGCUGGUUCUGCUGGUUGAAGCUGGAGAAGUGACGGAAAAUGGUUACCCCAUUCAAUGGGAAAAGGCUCCGUCAGAUCUGUCUGAACUGCCAACAGCUGAUGGCGUGACUGUCAUCAACCCUUGGGACUUCAGGCACAGGAUGGCCAUGUACAGGGUCCUACUGAAGGAGACGGAUCAGUACAUGGGCUCCAUGGGGCCUGGGCCCAAAGAAAGUCCAUUAUGGGUCUUCCCCAUGCAGCUGGGCUGGAAACUAAAAACAGGUCGACUGGCAGACCCUACCGGUGCCAGCACAUGCGGACAUGCUGAGGACCCCAUGUGUAUCUCCACAAAGAGUUGGUGGUCUUGUGUGAAUUACCAUGUGUCCGCCCUCCCAUUCCUGGCUGCAGUUCAUACGGGAAUUAUUGGGGAUGGUCAGAUUCAGGUCCAGAUUCAGGCACCUGCUGACGGUUCCCAGGAAUACUGCACAACUUUCUCCGAUUGCUCCACAAAAAUGCCAGAGUUGAUGAACAAAUGGGAGACCUUUUUCAAGUCUCUGAAAACCAUUAGUAGCUCAGACAUCCCUGACUUUGAGAAGAAAGACCAGAUUCUGGGCCUCAUGUGGGCAGCUAGGCUUGGGUCUAUUGAUGUGGCCUUCAAAAGCUGCUCUGAGAAGUUGAAAUCUUACUCAAGCCAAGAGGUCUCUUUCACUCAAAGCUGGCGGGAAUCAAUCGAGUACGGGAGUUCUUUCCACUUUCACACCAGCAUAGAGAACAUCCAGGUCUACCUGAGUCCUAUGCCCAGUCGAAUUCUGCAGGAAGGCGACAACGCACCAAAUAUCCCUGACUUAAGCAUCGACGAGAACCAUGCCCUGUACGUCUUCAGCUGGAUGAACAGAAUGAAUAGCUUACUCGGUCAGAAUUCAUUGCUUCGUCUCUGGCGCAAUGCCAUGUGCUCCGCCAGGACACGGGAAAAAGGUCAAGUCCUGAUGCAGCAGCUCUUUGUGGAUCCAAAAUUCGCUUUGUCCACCACAUUCUCAAUUAUGGUUGAUAUGAUCAGCAGCUGCUAAUACCACAGCAAGCCAACAGCAACACUCCCUCUUUGUUUUCAGCAAUGUCAGUUCUCAAUAAAAUCACACUACCCCCAAAA